UUUGGAUGUAUUCUAUCAACCAUAGACAUCCAUCAUCGACUUCUUUGGUUUAUAGCCACGAGGUUUUUAGUAGUAUUUCAAUUUUUUCGUGAAAUAAUAGAAACAUUAUUCACAUAUUUGUGACACAAUGCCACCAAGCAACCCUCUACCGCCUAAAGAAAAUGCUUUAUUUAAAAGAAUUCUGCGUUGCUAUGAACACAAACAAUAUAAAAAUGGCUUGAAGUUCGCUAAGCAAAUAUUAUCCAAUCCUAAAUUUGCAGAGCAUGGAGAGACAUUGGCCAUGAAAGGAUUGACUUUAAAUUGUCUUGGACGUAAAGAUGAAGCAUAUGAAUAUGUCCGUAGAGGUCUUCGCAAUGAUUUAAAGUCUCCUGUUUGUUGGCAUGUUUAUGGUUUACUCCAGAGAUCGGAUAAAAAAUAUGAUGAAGCAAUCAAAUGUUACCGGAAUGCUCUUAAAUGGGAAAAGGAAAAUAUCCAGAUCCUCCGAGAUUUGUCAUUGCUACAAAUACAAAUGAGAGACCUUGAGGGUUACAAAGACACUCGAUACCAACUGUUUAUGUUGAGACCGACCCAAAGAGCAUCAUGGAUUGGUUUUGCCAUGAGUUAUCACCUUCUGGGUGACUUUGAAAUGGCCAACAGCAUCCUGGAUGCCUUCAGAACGAAUCAGAUGAAGGGUCCAUAUGAUUAUGAGCAUUCGGAAUUGCUACUCUACCAAAAUAUGGUAUUGGCGGAGUCUGGACAGUAUGAGAGGGCAUUGUCGCAUUUAUUAAAGUUCCAAUCACAAAUUCUAGAUAAGUUAUCGGUGAAAGAAACCUCUGGCGAAUACUAUUUAAAAUUGAAGAGGUUCAAGGAAGCGGAGUCAGUUUAUGAGGAUUUGUUAAAGCGAAAUCCUGAGAAUGUGAUGUAUUACCAAAAGUUAAUAGAAGCUAAGCAGCUUAACAACGCUGACGCAAAAGUGGCCUUCUUUGAUGUAUAUAAGAAAGAGUAUCCAAAAGCAAUAGCGCCGAGGCGGCUCCAGCUGACGGAGGCUGAGGCGCCGGCAGUGUUUGAACGAUUACUGGACGAGUACCUUAGACAUGGAUUGCAUAAGGGCAUACCGCCGCUAUUCGUUGAUUUGAGAUCGUUAUACGCGGAUCAAAACAAAGCGGACACAAUAGAGAAAUUAAUAUUACAAUACAUAGAUAAUUUAUCAAAACUGGGCACAUUUAGUAGUAAUCUCGACGAGGGUAAGCAGCCGGCGAGCGCUUUAUUAUGGGCGUAUUACUUCGCCGCGCAACACUUUGACUUUAAAAAAGAUACGGACAGAGCGCUGUAUUAUAUAGAUGCGGCGAUAGAACACACGCCGACGCUUAUUGAAUUGUUUAUAGUUAAGGGACGGAUAUACAAGCACGCCGGCGACCCCAUAUCGGCGUACCAAUGGCUCGAGGAAGCGCAGGCGAUGGACACAGCGGACCGAUACGUGAACAGCAAGUGCGCGCGCUACAUGCUGCGCGCCGGCCACGUGAAGCGCGCUGAGGACAUGUGCGCCAAGUUCACUAGGGAGGGCGUCCCAGCCACAGAAAACCUAAAUGAAAUGCAGUGCAUGUGGUUCCAAACUGAGGCUGCGGCGGCGUAUCAGCGGUUACAGCAGUGGGGCGAAGCCCUAAAGAAAGCACACGAAGUUGACAGGCAUUUCUCCGAGAUAAUGGAGGACCAGUUCGACUUCCACUCGUACUGCAUGCGCAAGAUGACGCUCCGCUCGUACGUGGACCUGCUGCGGCUGGAGGACGUGCUGCGCGCGCACCCGUUCUACUUCCGCUGCGCGCGCGCCGCCAUCCAGGUGUACCUGCGCCUGCACGCGCACCCGCUGCAGGACGCGCCGCAGACCGCCGAGCCGGAUACAGAGAACUUGGCGCCAUCAGAGUUGAAGAAACUGAGAAACAAACAGAGGAAAGCGAAACGUAAAGCCGAGCAGGAAAGCGCGCUGGCCGCGCAAGUGCAAGUGAAGAGGGAACAGCAUCACAAGGCCCGGCGGGAGCAGGAGCAAGGCGACCCCGAGGCGCCGCAGCUCGAUGAGCUCGUGCCAGACAAGCUGGCCAGGGCAGAAGAUCCAUUAGAGCAAGCUAUAAAGUUUUUGUUGCCGCUGAGGCUGCUCGCGUCAGAUAGAAUAGAUACACAUUUAAUGGCCUUCGAAAUUUAUUAUAGGAAAGAGAAACCUCUGCUAAUGCUGCAGAGCAUAAAGCGCGCGUGGCAGGUGGACGGCGCGCACGAGCACCUGCACGACUGCCUCGUGCGCUUCAAGUGCUGGCUGGACCGGCACGCCGCCGCGCUGCACGCGCACGUGGCCGCCGUCGUCGCCGCCGAGACGCGCCCGAUGUUCCGCGGGCGCAGCGCGCUGGCGAUGGCGGAGGAGUACAUGGCGGGCGAGGGCGCGCGCUCGCAGAGCGGCGCGCUGUGGGCCGCGCGCGCGCUCACCCGCCUCGUGCCCGAGCGCGCCGCCGCCGCGCGCCGCGCCGCCACCGACCUCGCCUCGCCCACCUGCACCAUACAGGGCUGCGUGGAAGUAUUAGAGAGCUUAAGAAACGGCGACUUCGGACCCUGCGAUAAGGAAAUAGAGGAGUACAUAGAGGCGUGCCGGGCGAAGUUCCCGUACGCGAUCGCGUUCAAACCCCCCUCCCCCCAGGAGCCGGACAACCACGUGGAGGAGACCCCCCUACAGCCCAAGGAAAUUAACAUCAACAACUGAGGACUAUGAGAUACAUCUACAGUAAUUUUAUUCUAAACAACGUUAACAUUCGAGGUGACAACCCUGGUAAACUGCCUUGCCAUAAAUUUUGAAAAAUGGUAACAUUAUGUUGUGAUGGUGUUUGCGUCUGUUUGCUUUGUCAUUAUGUGUAACAUAGUACAGCCUUUAGUGGUUGGCAGAUCGAAUGUAUUUUUAAAUUUAUUUAAUUAAUGAAAAAAACUGUGUUAAUACCUUUGCUAUUUGAUUUUGUAUGUAAGGUUACUGUGUCGUAAUUUUGUGAUUUGAAUUGUAUAAAUUGUUACUUAUUAUAUAAUAAAAUUCUCAAGAAAUGGAGGAUUAUGGCAAGGCCUAUAUAUAAUAUACAUUUUUGUAUUAUGAAAACAUUAAGCGUUGAUAAAUAGAAUAAAAUUAUUGAAGGUGGUAUCUCUGUUCGAAUAACGAACAAGCUGAAUAAAUUUCUCAAAACACCAAAAAUUUUUUAAUGAAUUUUCUCUUAAUCCCAGAUAAAGUAAAUUAAUAGCAAAUAUUAUUGUAAGACACGAUCAAACAUUGGUUUUGGGGUGUGGAGUGUCACAAAGGAUAAAUGAAAGAUGUGUGUUUAGUUUUCAGCGAUAGAGGGCGUUUUUAAUCUGCGGCUUAUUAUGCAAUGGGGACUACUGAUCGGCUGCGGGUAGGUGAUCUAUUACAAGCAAUUUUCGACGUUUCUCAUUUCAUCAUUAGAAUUUACAAUAUGUUGCAAUUGAAAUGUUCCUUGUAUUUAGUUUAUAAGAUUUUCGCUUCCUGCCCUUCUUCCUGAUAGACAAUCUGUGGGUGUUAUAUCGCCUCAUUAGUGGCUUUCACGUAACUUUGCAGUUGUUUUUAACCGACGUUUCCAAAACAGGAUAUUCUCAAUUUGACUGUUUUUUAUUUGGUUUAGUUAUUAAUAAACAUUCGUUGACGUUUCUUCAAAUUUGUUUCUUCAAGCUGUGUGGCCUCAAGUGUUCAAUAAUAUUCAACUUAUAAAUAAGAUAAUUGUAUUUAAAUCGCUGAGUUUUAAUGUAUAAAUAUAAUGUGUGGAAAGUAAGUUUUUAAACCUCACGCAAUAAUUAUAACUGAAUCGAGGUUCGCUUUGUAAAUAAAUGAUUACUUUUAAGUUUUUACUGUAAUAUACAGUUAGCUCUAUACAUUUGUCGACUCGUUUAUUGACUGCUGUAAGGACAUAAUAUUAUGGAAAUUGGACGGACUCAAUUUAACACUUUUAUAAUCAUGAAAAAUGGAAGACAUGUCUUUUGUCAGUAUUUUUCUUUUAAAUUCCAAUUUUAUUUACAUACUAAUUCUGUGAUUGGAGGUCAAUGAGAACAAAAAUAUUUGUACAAUAAAUAUCUCUUCUUUAAUAGCUUUCAUAGAAAGAUUAAGAUAAGUGAAAUGUCAUUACAUAACUCUUAUGAAAUUCGGAUAACAAAUUUUUACAUGACAAUACCUCUAAUCACAAAAAAAAUUGUUGAUUGCAACAUUAUAUCGAAGCUCGUAUAAUAUUUGGACAAUAAACUUUGAUAUAAUAAUACAAUGUCAUCAAAAUUGUUAACACAAACUUUAAAGAAAUUAAGUGGUUUUUUUUUUAAACAAUUUAUACAAAAGUACACAUAGUCAGUCAAUAUGGGUGACAACUUGGUGUCUAAUACACGAUUAUCAAUGUCAAAGAUUACAACAAAUAAACUUAACGCAAUCAUUUGUUAUAAGGGUGCCUAUUCAAAAUAUUUAUAUGCAAAUAAAUAAAUUACAUAGCUCUGAGCUAUUUUUUGUUGUUGUUGUGGAAAUUUAAUCCGUGGAAAGGUAC